AUGGCCAGCGUGCAUCUCUUGCUGGCCCCGCACGCAGCACCCCAGGCUCUGUUCUCGGAGAAAAUAGUUAGGCAUGGAUCCUUCUGUACCCUGCAGAUUUCAAGUGUACAUCAUUUUAAGCACAUAGGUUCAUUUUUUGUUUCUUUAAUUUUCCAGGAAAUUAUUAGUUCUUUGCCUAACAUAAUAAAUGACAAAUAUGGAAGGAAGGUCCUGUUGUAUUUACUGAGCCCCAGAGAUCCUGCACAUACGGUGCGAGAGAUCAUUGAGGUUCUACAGAAAGGAGAUGGCAACGCACACAGUAAGAAGGACGCAGCGAUCCGCCGGCGAGAGCUCUUGGAGGCCAUCUCUCCCGCUUUGUUAAGCUACCUGCAAGGACACGCCCGGGCCCUGGUGCUGGAUAGGUCUGCGUGUGUGUUGGUGCCCGACAUCCUGGGAGCCGCCGUUGGAGACGUUCAGCCUGCCAUGAGCGCCAUUGCUGGCUUGGCAGCGGCCGCGCUCCAGCCGGGUGGCAGGGACGGAGAGCUUCACGUUGCAGAGCAUCCCGCAGGACAUUUAGUUCUGAAGUGGUUAAUAGAACAAGAUGAGAAGAUGAAGGAAAGUGGAAGAGAAGGUUGUUUUGCAAAAACACUUGUUGAGCAUGUUGGUAUGAAGAACCUGAAGUCCUGGGCUAAUGUAAACCGUGGUGCCAUUAUUCUUUCUAGCCUUCUCCAGAGUUCCGAUCAAGAAGUUGCACACAAAGUCAAGGCUGGAUUGAAAGGCCUCAUUCCAACACUGGAAAAAAACAAAAACACCAGCAAAGGAAUAGAAAUGCUACUUGAAAAACUGGCCGCAUAGUGGACACAGUUAAGAACAAGAGAGAAUCAUUUUUCCUGUCCUCUUUUCCCAGUGUGGAGAAGAAAGGCUCGGGUCCACCUUCCUGGGAAUCUGGGUGCUCUGUAUAUCUUUCUUUUUUGUAUAAGAGGUCUAUUUAUAAAACAAUUUCUAAAAAUGG